AUGAGUCUUUUAGGAUAUAGUACUGGUCGUAUUCAAUUCAUACCAAAUAAUGAUGAAGCUCAGGAAUGUAAUUAUUCUGAACGAUCAGUCAUUCAAUUAUAUUAUCAUGAUGAUAAUAGUUAUUCAUUGAAGGCAAUUGACAUUGAAAAUGAUAAAAGAGAAAUUUUUAAUAUUUUUCUAACAGAUGAUGAUCAGUACGAUUUUGGAUUAUCAGACGAUGAUCCUGAUGAAGCAAAAGAUACGAAUGGAACUUAUCAGUUAUGGUUAAAUCAAGAUUCACGUGAUUCAUUUCAUGAAACAUUGUGUGCAAUUUGUGAAAUAUUAUUUCCUCCUCAAUUAACAGAUACAAGUUCAGAAUGUGUCAAUGAUAAUUCUGGUCGUAUUAGUUUUGAUGAAAUGAGUGAACCUGACAUUCCAAAUCCAAUUAAUUAUGAGAAAAAAGGUGAGUUCUUUAAUAGUUUUUCUUAUUCUGUUUCAUGA